AUGCACUGCGUGUCCAUUCUUUCUCUUGCGGUCAUAUGCCGCGCCGAUUCGCCAGUCCCAGUCUCCGUCCGUCAUCAGUUCCAGCUCCAUCACGGUCCAGUCCAGGUCUCCGCCGAUACUGUCCAUCACAGUACGCGGAAGGGCUGUCACACAUGUCAUGAACGCAAGGUUAAAUACGUACCGAAUCACGACCUCGAUCGUAGUCACGGUCAGGUGACGGUUGGCGAGGGUGACGGGGAGUAG